AUGGGCGCGCGCGUGGCGCUGGCGUGGCUGCUGCUGGCGCGGCUGUGGGCGCUGCAGGACAAGGACAUCCUGUUCGCAGGUCACGCGAACUCCUCGCUGCUCUCAUGGCCCUGCGGCCAGCGCGCGCUCCCCACGCGCAUCGUGGGCGGCCAGGCGGCGGAGCAGGGGCGCUGGCCGUGGCAGGGCAGCCUGCGGCUGUGGGGCUCGCACUUCUGCGGCGCCAGCCUGCUCAGCCACCGCUGGGCGCUGACCGCCGCGCACUGCUUCGACCAGAACAAUGACCCCUUUGCAUGGACGGUCCAGUUUGGGGAGCUGUCUGCCUUCCCGUCCAUCUGGAACCUGCAGGCCUUCUAUAACCGGUACCAGGUGCAGGACAUCAUUCUGAGCCCCCUGUACCUGGGGUCCGAGCCCUACGACAUCGCCCUGCUGAAGCUGUCCUCCCCCGUCACCUACGACAAGUUCAUCCAGCCCAUCUGCGUCCUGGCCUCCUCCUCUGAGUUCCAGAACCGCAACGACUGCUGGGUGACCGGCUGGGGGGACGUCGCGGAGAAUGAGAUGCUGCCAGCGCCCUACAAGCUGCAGGAGGUGCAGGUGGGCAUCAUCAACACCUCCAUGUGCAACCACCUGUACUCCCAGCCCUCCUUCCGCACGGACAUCUGGGGGGACAUGGUGUGCGCCGGCUACCCCCAAGGUGGCAAGGACUCCUGCUUCGGCGACUCUGGCGGACCCUUGACCUGCAAAAAGGACGGGCUGUGGGUUCAGGUUGGGGUCGUGAGCUGGGGCACGGGCUGCGGCCGACCCAACCGGCCCGGCGUCUACACCAACGUCAGCAAGCACUUCAACUGGAUCCGCAAGCUGGUGGCCCGCAGCGGGGCACUCCGGCCAGGCCCCUGCCCGCCGCCGCCGCCGCUGCUGCUGCUGCUGCUGCUGCUCCCCCUACUCCGCGCCCCCCACCUCCUGCACCCCACCCCAACGCGGUGGGACCCCUGACCGAGCCCUUCACUUUGGCAGCCGCCCCGUCCUGCCCUGUCUGUAAUAAAUAUGUCUGCACC